AUGGUGAGACUCAUACGACAUACGAAUAGAGGGUUGUUCACAAUACGACAGGGCUUGUUAGAGAGAACCCUGAUUGGUGGGGUACUGAGAAGCAGCAUGAUGCGUCUUAGGAUGUACCUGAAUCGAGGGAUGUUAGAUGGAAUACCUGGAGAUGAGAUAAAGAGACAAGAUGUAGAUGAAUCACAGGUGCAGAUGAAGGGAAUUUUGCAAAGGAGCCCAAUAUUCUUGUCUAGCAAAUAUGAGACUGGUGGUCUGAAGAAUAAGGUACCCGAUGCCUCUGUACAUUGCAAUGAGCCUACGGACGUGCGACUUAUAUUGAAUGAUGGGGUCUCCAAAGUGCCAGUUCCUGGUUCUGUUGUAGAAUUUGACGCUGGCGAGAGCAACUGCAAUGUAGGAGUCGUUCUAGAAGCAUGUAGCACGAAGUUUAACGAAAAUUAUAAUAAGCUAACCGUCUUGUCUUUGAAGAACGAGAUCUUGCAAGUGUACACCCAGGAUGUUACAAUUCACUUCCACGCUGUGGUAGACCGGAAAAUGAUAGAUGAAAUCUCAGUGGAGAUCUUGAAAUAUAGGCGUCAUGAAGAAGAAAGCAGGGUCAGAUUACAAAUGGUCGGUUUCAUAGAGAGGUUUAUCGACAACUCUGUCGCCUUACAGAAGAGAUUGAAAGCAGAGAGACAAUUCGAUACCGUGUAUUCUCACUAUAGCCAGAUGCACAAAAUAACCCCAAUUUCUCUUCUAGAUGUCAUAACGUCCAUCAAGCUUAGCGAUACUGUAGCACUUGAUAUAAGCGACACCUUAUUUGGCCAUUGCACUUUGGUUAUGGCAUGCCACUUGGAGUUGGCCAACGAUCCCACGAAAUGGAUCGUACCAAACUUGUAUAAGAACAAUAGGUUUACCAAUGUUGCUAGAGUCAAUGGAUCAUCAAAUAAUUUGGUGCCUCCAAUGAGCUACCUUGCAAAUUCCAUGGUGAAUCAUGAUUGCGUUGCAACUUUACUACAGGAAAGGGAGGAUGGAGCCUCAGCAUCCCCAACACCAUCAUCAUUUCUAGCACAGUUACUCAUAUCUCAGUCGGAGCAACUGACUAGAAAACUGUUUAUGGAUUUGACGUUGUAUUUCACCUUUUGGGAAGGGGCCAAGUUUAAAUGGGCAAUUGAUUCAAUGAAGCUUUUCGUUGUGUACCCACAUCCUGCAAUUGGAAGGGCCCUUGAACAAAUAUUAAGCAUCGAGGAAACCCACGCAACCCCUUCUAACAUUUACGAAGCUUUGAAGAAACUAGGUGUGUACGAAGAUGAUUCUUCGGAUGUAUUCUUGUCAGCCAAUAUGCUAGGAGAACCCAAAAUAAAGCAGGUAUCUGUCAAAUCAGCACAAGAGUUAGUUCCAUCUGAAUUAGACAUGGCGCUGGAAAGGCUUGCAGAAGACUUAAUUGACAACUUCUCACAUUUAAGGGACACAUCUAGGUUUUAUAAAGAUUUAACUAUAUAUGGCCUCCCUUCUUCCAGUGGAACUAAGUUCGGUUUUUCAAUUGAAAAAUCAAACGUUAGAAAGUAUUGGAUAAAUAUCCAUGUUCAAGAUCCAGCAACGAGAAUUCCUCCAUCGAGUCAAUUAUUUCUGAUGUUGGCUAGUUCAGGUUUGAGAUCUUCAAUUCAGAGAUUAGCCGGAAGAGACUCAUUGGAGAUGUUCAGUAAGAAGUUUCUCGAACAAUUUGAGUUCAAAACGCAAAAUAUAGUUCAGCAACCUGAAUUUGUAUCAGUUGCAGAUGAAAACCCUUUAAACUCACAGGAGCUAGCUUUUCAAAAUACAGAUCAGUUAAAAACAUGCAUGACAAUAUCAUUUGCGUAUUAUCCAUACGCCAACGAUCCAUUCGAUAAGUUAUCAGAAAAGGUUAAGAUGAGUUUUGAUGAUAUUUCUAAUUUGGAGGUUAAACGCAUUUCUUCUUUUGAUGCUUUGGAGAACAUCUUACAUGGGAAAACUGAAUCUGGGGAAGGGAGUGGAGGCUUUAGAUUAUUUAAAAGAAGACUGCUUUUAUCACCUCAACCCACGGAACAGAAAUUCACCCUUCUCAAUGAUAAGGAUGGGCAUGAUAUUAGAUUUAUUUAUAAUGUUAUGAAGACUUAUUCAAAGGUUAGAAACUUACGAGGAGCUUCUUUGUCGGAUUCAAGCUUGGAGAGCAUGAUUGAUUCGAACCUGGAAGCCUUACCAGAAUUAUGUGGAUUCUUUUGUAGAGAAAUUCAACUGCUCAGUGAAGACUUAACAGCGCAUUAUUGCUAUAGAAAUAAUAUUCCUGUUUUCGGUUACAGACAAGGCACGUUAGUUUCAGAUCCUGAAUUGGAUGAAGUGACUAAUUUGGAGACUAUGUUUCAAAAUAAGAGUGAUAAGACGAAGGAAGCUGAUCUGGUCUUCCUCUCACACAACAAUCUCUUACUUCCAGAAUUUUUUGCUGAUACUUACUUCCAAACGUUGCUUUGUAGAGAUUCUAAUGGAAAUACGCCAGCGGCAGCUAAAAUAAGUGGACAGAAUUUUCUCAACAAGACUCAAGUCGAGGUAUUAAUACUGGAACCUAGUUCAGAGGAAGAAGAAUAUGUUGAUCCAUUAAUUCAAGAGGGAUUUCUACUUGGAUCGGUUAAUGUUUUUGAACUGACAUCAAAAUUUUUAUCGUUGAUGAAUCAGUAUCAGAUUCUAGCGUUCAUACAUUCUUUGGCUAAGAGGAGAUACUUUGAGAGACUCUCUUACUUGCAACAAAUUGAACAAUUUCGCUACCUCAAGAGAUUGGGGUACCCUACUGACGGACCACUCCCAUGGGAAGUCUUAGAUGACGAAAUAGUCAAAUCUGACAAAGAAAGUGCAUUUAAGAAUUACUUCACGGCAGCUCAUAAAAAGUUUAGGAAGUUGCAAGAGUUUGAAAGCAACCUCAUGAAUGAUAUAGGAGCAUCAAAUAUAAUCGAUUUCACAUGCGUCUUAACCAAAAUCAGUGGUAAGUACUUGGAUGAUAAGGUUCUUGCCAAUGCAUAUUGCCAGCAACUAGGAAUCGAAAUCGAGGUGUUAGUCGGUAGGAAUAGGACCGUGACUGUGGGGAGUUUCAUUGAGUGCGACCGAGUAAUAUACUUGGAUGCCAUUGGAGGCAGGCUCGUUUUAGGAACGAGUGAAAUGAUAUAG